AUGGCUUCUCUAUCUCCACCGCGCGCUUCCGGCGACUUGUUUUCCCGGCGGCCUAUACCCACACGCCCUCACCUUCACAUCCUCACCCCGGCGGCGCUUAACCGCCGCCUCAAAGUGUCGUGCACCGCCGCGCACGGCGGCGGAGAUUCCCAGUCCAAGAUUGACAGGAGAGAUGUUAUUCUUGGAUUGGGAGGUCUCUACGGCGCUGCUAACCUGCCGGCGGCGAUGGCGGCUCCGAUUGAGGCGCCGGAAGUUUCCAAGUGCGUUGUGCCGCCCACCGACCUUCCGGCCGGCGCCGACGUGGACAACUGUUGCCCGCCGAUGGCGGGCAGGUACCUGGACUACCAGCUCCCGUCUGUUAGCCCCGCCACCAUGAGGGUCCGCCCGGCGUUACACCGCCUGGACGGGAAAUACAGAGAGAAGUUCGCGAAGGCGGUGGAAAUGAUGAAGGCGUUGCCGGCGGACGACCCCCGCAGCUUCACUCAACAAGCCAAGGUUCACUGCGCUUAUUGCAACGGCGCGUAUGAUCAAGUCGGCUUCCCCGACAUAGAAAUCCAAGUUCAUAACUCCUGGCUCUUCUUCCCUUUCCAUAGAUGGUACUUGUAUUUCUUCGAGAGAAUCUUGGGGAAAUUGAUCGGAGAUCCCACCUUCGGCUUGCCAUUCUGGAACUGGGACAUUCCCGCCGGCAUGGUUUUUCCGUCCGUACUAAACGACCGGAAUGUUUCACUCUACGACGAGAAUCGUAACCAGUCUCAUCUUCCACCGACUAUAGUCGACCUAGGGUAUCAAGGCAAGGAUACAGAAGCCACAGACUUAGAAAGAAUUACUAAUAAUCUUGCGUUAAUGUACAAGCAAAUGUUCACCAACGCCGGAACGGCAGAGCUCUUCCUCGGAAAACCUUACCGCUCCGGCGACAAGAAAAACCCCGGCGCCGGGUCCAUGGAGAACAGCCCCCACGUGCCGAUCCACAGGUGGGUCGGCGAUCCGAGGAGGAAGAACGGCGAGGAUAUGGGGAACUUCUACUCCGCCGGCCGUGAUAUCUCCUUCUAUUGCCACCAUGCAAACGUUGACCGGAUGUGGACGAUUUGGCAGCAGCUCGGCGGCCGUGGCCGGAAACGGAAUUUCACCGACGCUGAUUGGAUCAACGCCAGCUUCCUCUUCUACGACGAGAACGCGCAGCCGGUGCGCGUGAGGGUCGGCGACAGCGUGGAUAACCAGCAAAUGGGAUACAAAUACGAAUUCGCAAACCUGCCUUGGACAAACAGCAAGCCUGUUCCCAGACCAAGGCGCCGGAAAGUGGCGCUACGCUCCGCUGCUCCCUACGUCGCCACCGUCUUUCCGGUUACUCUGGACAAGGUGGUCCGAGUGAAGGUGCCGAGGCCGAAGAAGAACAGGACAAAGGAGGAGAAGGAGUUGGAGGAGGAGAUCUUGUUGAUCGAAGGGAUCGAAGUUCAGGCGAACCAGUACACGAAAUUCGACGUGUAUUUGAACGACGAGGACGAGCCGGACGGCGGGUACGACAAGGCGGAGUUCGCGGGGAGCUUUGCUCACUUGCCGCACCGGCAGAAAAACGUGGAGAAAAUCAAGACGAGCUUGAGCUUGGGAUUGAAUGAGCCGAUGGACGAUUUGGGCGCCGAGGACGAUGACACUGUUCUCGUGACUUUGGCACCUAAUGUGGGAGGAGGUGUUGUCACCAUUGAUAACAUUAAGAUAGUCUAUGGUUCUUAG